UAUUUCGCCUCCGCCCGCGGCCCUGCUGCCGGAGCGGGCGCUCCCGCGCAGCGCCUCUCGCGGGCCGGCGUGACCGGCGGGGAGAGCUCGGGCACCCCCGCGCCCCGGGCAGCCGCGCGGCGCCACCAGGAAGGGCGGGGAUCCGGGGAGGCUUGCGCCGGCGGCUCCAGGCUGCUCGGAGGCGACUUUCCCCGCCCUCUUCCUCCGCCUCGGGCCCCGGCGCGGGGUGCCGCCCCUCCCGGCCCCCGCGCGGCCGGGAGCAGCCAGGAGCCGCCGCGCCCUGCGCCCCGUGCGGGCGCCCCGCGCCCGGCCCCCGCUCCGCAGCCGGCUCGGCCCCAGCCGAGCGCAAACUUUUGCUCCGGUGCCCGGCGCUCCUCCCCGGCAUGUGAAGCCCCCGGGCGCCCGCGCAGCCGCCAGGUUCGCCCCCGAGAGCCCUGGUGCCGCGGGCCGAGAUGCUCCUCCGGGACUUGGUGCUGCGCCGGGGCUGCUGCUGGCCCUCACUGCUGCUGCACUGCGCGCUCCACCCGCUCUGGGGCUUCGUGCAGGUGACUCACGGGGAGCCCCAGAAGUCCUGCUCCAAGGUGACCGACAGCUGCCAACACAUCUGCCAGUGCCGGCCCCCUCCCUUGCUGCCGCCGCCACCCCCGCCCCCACCGCCUCCCCGACUCCUCUCCGCCCCAGCCCCCAACUCUACCUCGUGCCCCGCGGAGGAAAGCUGGUGGUCGGGGCUGGCCAUCGUCAUCGCGGUAUGUUGCGCUUCCCUGGUGUUUCUCACCGUGCUCGUCAUCAUUUGCUACAAAGCCAUCAAAAGAGAACACUUGUGCUGCAGAGAGAUGACGCCCAUCCCCACCAGGCCCCCUGCCGUGAGUCACCCCCGCACCCCAGGCGCACCAAGAGCACCUUUCCUCCUCCUCUGGCCAUCUGUGCAUGGCACGGACCUUCACCUUCUGCCAUCGAUUUGCCAUUAAGCCUCUUGAUGGCCGUCUCACUCUGAUUUACAAGGUACUGGCAGACAGGAGAUAAGAGGCUGCAAAUGGGCUGUGGCCAGUCCCGCAAACUGUUGCUUGCAGGCGGGGGGCAAGCGUGCUGCUUGUGAGAAUGAGCUCUGUUCCGAGCGUGCCCGGGCACACACACUGUCACCGGGCCUUGGUACUCCUCGGCUUGGACUUCAAACACGUAUGGAGCGCCUACUGUAUGCUGGGGACUAGACUAGGUGCGAGGGAUAGAGACACACAGGAGAAGACCUCACCCCUUCCCUAGUGGGGUACGUGGAUUAUAUAACACAUACCCGUGCGCGCGCACGUACCUGGAUGGCUCAGUCCGGUAGGCGUCUACCUUCAGGUCAGGUCCCCAUUCCGGGGUCUUUGGAUCAAGCCCUGCAUCCCACUUCUGGCUGAGUGGGGAGUUCGCUUCUCUCCCUCCAUCCACCCCCCACCCCACGCCCCGGCUCAGGCUCUCUCUCACUCUCUCUCUCAAAAUAAGUAAAAUCUUUUUUUAAAAAUAGCUGCUACGCAAAUAAAUAAAUAAGGUGCUUUUAAAACCUGAGUGCUACGAAGGAGGGUGGAAAUCCGAGAGAACUGGGGAAAGAGAGGAGGUUGGGAGAGGGGGUGCUCCCGCACCCCAAGAGUCAGGAGUGCCGUGCCUGCCUCCUGACAUGGCUUUAUGUUUGGAAAGAAAGGUUAGGGCUUCCUACAUCCACAACCACCUUUUAAAAUUUUUAUCGAGGUAAUACACACACGUGGUUCAAAACAUCAAACGUGCUACAAGCCUGUUAAGAAAGACAGUAGUCCCCCGGCUGUCCCCCUCUCUCCCUGCAGCCACAUUCUUGGGAGACAGGGCUUCUGGGUGUCAGCGGUUCUGCUCUCUCUCUCCAUGCUCUGAGCGAUGUGUGUAUGACUGAGGGUUUUCUUCCCAUUUCGCACCUUAUCUGUUGACUUUCCAAGAAGAGAGGCUCAGCAGCCUCCCACGGCCCACAGAUGCAUAGAACACCACCCCGUCCCUGUCCCCCUCCCCUGUGCACAGGGGCCUCCCCGGUGGGGGUCAUGACGAGCGGCUGCCUUAGCACAACAGCGUACUGUCUGCAGCCCAGUCCCCUCAUGUGCAGCCGGGUGCUUGCUGCCCUGGAGUCAGCGACACCUCCUCUCCCUGGGCGCUGCUACCUCAGGUGAUCCAUCCCGAGGUGCCGGGUCUGCCUGGAGGACCAAGGAGUGGGGGAAGUGACUUUCCUAUGGGAUCUGAGCCAGAAGGAGUCAGACCGUCUGUGUCACGGGAGCAAACUUGAGUCCCGGCCAGGGAAGAGAGUUGGCUGGGGUUCCAGCCCCCCUUGGUGUUCCUCGAGCUCGCAGGGAGCUCCCUCGAGCCACACGCUGCUGCUGUUCCUCUCCCAGCUCAGCCCUUCCUGCUCCUCACUCGGGCCCCAGUUCGAACGCCACCUCCCCUGACAGCAUCGCAGGCCACCCUAGAUCCUUCUUCCCUGCCCCCGCCCUGCAGCUGGACCUUUCCGAUUUACGUUUCUGCUUUCUGCUCUAGACAGGUUAGUGUUGGUGUUUAUGCGUGCAUGUGCCCCCGCAUGUGUGUGAGGACCUUGUGCACGAGCACGUGCACACUUGCACACACAUCAGAGCAGGGAGCCGUCGUCUUGUCUCCCUCAUCUCGCUCCCCUGUGGUGCGUAGUCACUCUUCCAUGACCUUCUGUGGCUUGAAUGGAGGCUUGUUGACACAGACUUGCCAGAUUCUUACUUCUAUCUAUUUGUUUAUUUAUUUAAGAGAGCUUGAGCUGGGGCAGAGGGGCGGGGCAGAAGGAGAGAGAAUCCUAAGCAGACUCCCCGCUGAGCACAGAGUUGGGGGGGGUUGAUUUCCCAGCCCUGAGAUCAUGAUCUGAGCUGAAAUCGGGAGUUGGAUGCUUAACUGACUGAGCCACCCUGGGGCCCCCAGAUCCUACCUUUUAGAUUAGCAAACACUAUGGAGAAUUUCAGUGGACUCCGUUUUUUUUUCUCUCCGCCUGGGUAAGGGAGGUAGAAUCUGCUUUACCACGAGACAGCAGGGGUUUUAAUUGCUUGGCCCCUCCCCUCUGCAGGGUUGGGCUUCCUCCCCCCUCUGCCAGCUCUGCUCCCCUCCCUCCAAGCCCCAGUAGUGCCUUUUGUCUUCUUGCUGUCCUCUGGCUGGGGGCUGGCGCACGUGCGCAGUGACUCAGCGCCCCCUCCCCAUGCCCUGAGUGACCUGCCUCCCACCCGCUGGGCCUGACAUACUCAGGCAGUUCUUCCCCCUACCCUGGCCAUCUGCUGCCUCCCCUUCCUCCCCGGCCCGGUGCACACACCACCAGCCCGGCCCUCUCCCCCUGGCCCCUGCAGGCCUGCACAGUCAGCAUCAGAGCAGGUAAGGAGGAAGACAAGACGAGGCAGGGCCCAGGGACUGGGGACAGGAGUGGAACAUUCUCAUCCAGCCGCAUCUCGCAUGAACUUCCGGAAGCGAGACAUUCACCUUGAAGGCACCUCGGAUCCCGGGGGUCUGGAGUCCGGAGCUCUGUCUGCCAAAAUCUCUUGGGCCGGCGGGGCCCAUUGCAGUGACUGGACACCGGGGACCCAGCCGUUCCCAUCUGUCACUGCUCCCUGCUGCCCCUGUACAUUCCUGUAACAACAGCACCCCCAGGCGCCAAAUCCAGCCUCUCUGGCUGGCCAUCAAGAACACCACGUCUGACUGUACUGUGAGUUGAGUCAAAGCUCGUGUGCUUCGAGGAGGGACCACCUCCGCCGAGUGCUGCGCACAGAUACGUGACCGUGACCGCUCGGAGACCCUCUUACCUCCUUCGGGACCUCGGCUGGAUUCGGGCAGUGGAGUUUUGGGCUUUGUUGCAGGACCAAGACUCAGUCUUCCAACUCCGGAGCUGGUGGUCUUUCCUCUGGGGCCCACCGUCACCCUCCAGGUGGCCCAGGGCUUGCUUUUCCCCAGUGGUGGGGUCAAUACCCAGGCUUCUCUGGAGUCCCCCAGGCAACGGUAUCUCUCGUCCUUAUCACUUGCACAGUCCGCCCUCCGAGGAGAGGAGAUGGGGCCCGGAAGGGGCAAGGACCCUGUGUGUCCCCAUCUGCCUGGGGCCGAGAUGCUCAUUUGGGCUCAUUUAUGCCCCUUCGCCCUGCCACCAACAGGAGACCCACCUGCUGUUAUGGGAGAUCGAGGUCCUAAUGGUGGGAAGCAGGCAGCAGCGGUUAGCAGCUUUGUACGGUGGGGGUGGGUGGGCAGGAGGGGGCCAUGUGGCGCUGAAGCCAGUCAUGGCCAGAAAGGCAGGCAGACAGGGCACGCUCGGCACUCAUGGAUGGGAGAGCCAGAGGGGUCCAUGCUUCUCGGGACCCUUUUGACUCCAGGAAGCUCCAUCCCUCCCUGAAUUCCUCUCUGUAGACUUGCUGGCUGGAGCUUGUGGGACCGGACGAGGGGUAAGGCAGGAGUUCUCGAUUUAAGGAGUCCUCGGAUGGCUCCGCACCACCCUUGGAGUGAGAACCAAAUGCCCAGCCCUCCUGGCUGGGUCGCAGGGGUGAGCACCAGCCUGUGGGCCUCAUCGUCACUUGCCUUCGGCUCGCUCAGCCAGACAUGGUUAAUCAAGAAAGCCCCGGGGAGGUGGUCCAACCCGGGGCUCGGUCGGAGGGUGAGAACACCCGCCAGCUGCACGCUGGACUCACCUUCACACAGGGGAGGAGGGGAGGAGACGUGCUGGGUUAGAAGUGAGGCCGCUGCUUCUUAGGGUCAGCAGCUACCCUGGGUGGCUCGUGAAGGCUUUCUCUGGCUUCUUGACCCAGGUUUGGAGAAGCCUGCGGGCGACAAGGCAUCUCAUCGUGGAAGGGGGUGUGUGUGUGUGAAGGGUGUGAGUGGGUAUGAGUG